UCUUUUUUCUUGUGCUUCUGCAGGCAGGAGGAAAAGCUGGAAAGGACAGUGGAAAAGCCAAGACAAAAGCAGUCUCCAGAUCACAAAGAGCUGGUCUGCAGUUCCCUGUAGGUCGUAUCCACAGGCACCUGAAGACCCGAACUACCAGCCAUGGUCGUGUUGGAGCUACAGCAGCGGUGUACAGCGCCGCUAUCUUGGAGUACCUGACUGCUGAGGUUUUGGAGUUGGCUGGUAAUGCCUCCAAGGAUCUGAAGGUGAAGCGUAUCACUCCAAGGCAUUUACAGCUGGCCAUCCGUGGUGAUGAGGAGUUGGACUCGCUUAUCAAA